CUCGCGACGUCCUUCAUUGUCUUCCCGUUUCACGCAGCCAUUUCACGCAGCCCCAGGCGGAGGCCCCUUGCUGGAUGCAUUCCCGACAAUGAAGGACGUCGCGAGCAAGGACGAUAUCACACGGCUUGAACGCGCAAUGAACUCGCGCUUUGGCCAGAUGAACUCGCGCUGUGGCCAGAUUCAGCUGCUGGCUGUGCAGCUGGCGCUCGCGGUGGUCGUCAUCCUGGGCCUGGUGGCUGGCGCGCUGAUGCUUCUCCCCGUAAACCCCAGCAGCGCUUUUGGCAUGGUGGUUUCCGCCUUCGUCAAGAAGAACAUUUAGUGUCGCUUGCAAGGCAGGCCCCUUCACGCCGGCGUUGCUCUCCCACUCAGCAUCUGCACGCGUGGUGGCUGUGAAGGAACGAGCUGCAAACCGGCGGCAGCAGCCAGGCUUUGCACGGUCUCGCAGCACAGGGCAGCCGAGCGCGCGGGCGUGGCGGCAGGCGGGCGCACAACAGCCCGUCGCGCGGGCGCGCGGGCAGCCGAGCGCGCGGGCGUGGCGGCAGGCGGGCGCACAGCAGCGGAGGGAGCGGCAACGAAGACGAUGACCAGCGUGGGCCCCGUGGCGGGCCGGGCCGGGCACCCGGGGACAACCCAAUGCCGGG